CGCGGGCACCGGGCAGCGGGCAUCGGGGACCGGGGACCGGGGACCGGGGACCGCGAGGAGGCACUGCGACCGGGCUUCUGGCGCCGGGACGGGCGCGGACUGCACCCCGAGAAGAUUCCUGAAUUUCUAGGAAGGCCGUGUUUCCCAAAGCAGCGAUUUCUGGUAGAAGACUAAGGUCUGAUCCAAGAAAAAUAAAAUUCAGUAUAGCCAAUGAAUUAAGGACAAGAAAGUUUCCAUUCAGUUCCUGCUAUGUGGAUAUUUGUUAGCAAUGACUGAUGUGGAAACUACAUAUGCAGACUUUAUUGCUUCAGGAAGAACAGGAAGAAGAAAUGCAAUACAUGAUAUCCUGGUUUCCUCUGCAAGUGGUAACAGCAAUGAAUUAGCCUUGAAAUUAGCAGGACUUGAUAUUAACAAGACAGAAGGUGAAAAGGAUGCCCAGCGGAGUUCCACAGAACAGAGUGGGGAAGCUGAGGGGGAAGCGUCCAAACCCCAAAGCUAACCACACCCCACGCUGAUCUUCCUCAGCCUGAUGAUGUCUCAGGUCCCCGGGCCUGGCUGGAGUACAUUUGUGUCCAGGAGGGACGAGGGGAGAAAGGGAAUGGCUGUGCUGCCCGGCAGGGAUCUGCUCGCCGUCCCGUUAGACAUGGGGGCAGAGGCUCUGGCCGCAGACAGACCUUUCUCCACCUCUGUCCUUAGCAAUGGCUGAAGUCGCGUGGCUUGUGUCUGGAUGUCACCACGUACGGAUUCCGUGCACUUGACCACAUGACGAAAUGCUUGUAGACGGUAGCAGCAACCUACGUGAUGAUCCUCCCCGUAGCAUCUGGCCCCUCACAGUGUCAGAGGAUUUAAUUGUGUCUAAUUGCAAAGGGUUGGUUGAUCCCAGAGUUUAAGUGUCUCUGGCCCAAGUAUUCACCCAGUAAGAGAACUACCCAGAAAGCACUGUUUUUUAGCAACUUGUGUCCGUGUGAUCCUGCCGUGUGACUUACACUGUUUUGUAUUGUAUAAUAUAGAUGCUCGGCACUGCCCCCUUCUUUGAUUGCUCAUGAAAAACAAAAAACCAUGUACGUUACUGUGAAUUUUUAUACCACUCGUUUUUAAAAGGGCUGCCUUCUUUUCUCCUCCACGGUGUAGUGGUGUACACAGGAUAGAGCACACUUUCCUUUUUAAAAGUAGACUUUCCCCUUGAUUCACUGCUGAUGAAUCGAUGAAGACUAUAACAGAUUUAUCAGGUUGCCUUUGCUUUUAUGAGGCCAGAAUUUGGAAAAUAUCCGUUAAUGUGAAUACUACCUGAAUUGAGUUUGUUUGGUGUCUGCACAGACCAGAAUACAAUCUGCAAAUUUUGUUUUAUUCCCAAGUGCAGAACUUUCCCCCAACUAAUACUUUUAUUUAUAAUUGUGAGGAUUUUGGAGAAUGAGGAAGGUGGGAAAGAGAAGCCAGGAUAAUGCUAACAACUGGAAAUGUUUUAUUCUUAUGGAAUCAAAUUUCUCACAGUGCUGUAUGCUACUGUUAAACUAUUGAAGACAGCUUAUCUCUAGGAAGAUGAGAAAGAUGGAGAAAAUGAUCUCCUUGCAAUCACGUGGACACCAAUCACAAAAGUAAAGCCCUCGUCUUGUGGUUUUCUUGUCUUUUAACUCAGCCCUAUCAGAUCCAGAUGUUAUUAUGCACUUUUUAAUGUUUCUAAACUUUUACUAAUAACGAGUGUGAAUUGCAUUCUGAUAUAAUCAUCAUCAUCAUUAGAAGCUAACAAAACCCUCAUUAAUACUGUUGAUGGCCUCAGCCGUGUUUUGACAUCAUGGUUCUUAUUUGGGAAGCUUCUCUGAGCAGUGUAGUCCCUCUGGUCAGUAUUAUGACGUCAUUUGUCAGAGGUAAUAAAUAAGGACCCCGUAAUAUGCGAUUGGCUCAUGAGUUACUGGACAACAGGGAAGCCCUUUAUGAUAAUGAGCCCACGUACCUGUCCUUGAGAUCUCAGUACAGUCCCAUAUGAAGAGGGCUAGACAGCAUUUCAACAGGUAACUCUAUGGAUACACCAGGAACUCAGCCUUCCUUUGUAUUUGCAAGCAGGAUGGAAGGUUAAGCCUCUCCUCAUCCUUCCACCCGCUAACAGUCCUCUUCAAAGGAGAGGGAGAAAGGCAUGGGUAUUGUUUGGUCCUCAGGCAUAGAUUUCUAGAAAAAAAUGGUAAUAGUGUGAAUUUCUCAGAAAACAGCCGAACAAUGAGCUUUCAGAGAACUUUCUUCUAUCUAAUACAUUAGGGCCCAAAAUGUCCACUUAAAACUCAAACAAAUCUGCCUGUGAUUGGCCUUCAAGUGGGAAAGAGGUUCUUGAGGCUGUUUUAGACAGUCAUUGGUAUCCAUUUAAACCGCCCAACCCAUAAAACCCACUUUUCAAUAUCCUCAUUUUACUAUCCCCUUAGUUUUCUUGUGACUCUAGGUUAGAUUCUCUUCCCCCCUCAAGUUGUGGAAUCUCACACUGAUGUUGUGUGAUUUUGUAAAGUUUAGGACUAGUGCUGAGUAUUUAUGGGGGAUUGAUAUUCCUUUGUGAUACACUAUGAUUAAUGCAUGUGGCAUUCUGCCUGUCUUUGAAUAUAUACUAGUGCUGAACUGUGAAGUCAUAUGGAGCUUUUGAAUUAAUUUGACCUCUCACUGCCACUUUGCUGCAUUCAAAACCAGAGGCAUUCCCAAGAUGAAAGAUAAAAAUCCACUUUCCAAUACAUCUCCUUUACACAUGUUACUCAGCAAAAGUUCAUAGUAUCUUCCAGAUUUUAUUAUAAUAUCUUUGAUGUGCAAGUCAAUAAUACAUAAGGAACUGCAUUUUUUAAGGAGAGAAGGAAAGGGUAGGAAGCCACUGGUUGAUAAUACACAGUGAAUGCCUAUAAACCAACCAAUAUGCUUCCCAGCACAUAUUCUUCUAUCUAAUCACCAAAAAAUUCAAUGUAAGAGGUAGUGUUAUCCCAUCUCACAGAUUAGCAAAGUAAGGGGGAAAUGAGAUACAACUUUUCAAAGCUUAAGAGGCUAUAAAUGAUGAGAUUAAGAUCUGCACCUAUCUUUAUCUGUCUACAACUCAUUAACAGUAGCAAAAUUACAGUUAUGAAGCAGCAACAAAAAUAAUUUUAUGGUUGGGGGUCACCACAGUAUUAAAGGGUCUUAGCAUUAGACAGGUUGAGAACCACUGGUCUAGAAGGAGCUUUCCCCAUCACAGUGACAAAACAAAGCCAACAACAGGGCAUGUGUUUCCAAAUAGGAACGAGUUGACCUCCACAUUUUAGAAAAGGAAACUGAGUUCCAGGAAGGGAAUUGCUCUCCUAGAGAUGACCUAUGUGAGUAAUGACAGAGAUGUGUCUAAAUCAUGGAAAGUGUACUUUUUAAACAAAGAAAUUCAAUGAGCACUUAUUUUUUUUUUUUCUGUUAUACUUCCCAAAAGUUAUUUUUCUGGCAUGUAGUCUAUAAAUUUACAUAUUUUUUUAUGUCUCAUGCUACCCAUUUUGUUUACCUGGAAAUAUGACAGUUUCAGGUUUUUGAUCCAUUUGCAACAAGUGUGAACUCACUCAAUUUAACUUUUAUCGAUAGUGAGCCUCCUAAGCCAGGAUGUAGUUAUCAUAAUUCAUGGAAAUGUUUUUACCCACAGAUAACAGGUAUCCUUCACUUUGGGGGCAAUACCCCCAGAGCUGCACAUGGCAGUGCCCUACCCUCCAGUCUUCCUCAGACCCCGUGGAAACACACCGUUUUAGAGGACGAAUGACACUGCUAUUUCUCUCCAGAGAAACGACAUAAGGUCAAGAAAUGUAACUGCCUGCGGAUAGCAAUGCUCUGUGACACCUCUCAUGAUAGGGAGAAAAUGGACAGUCAUGGAGUGAAAACGGGAAAGGUCUAUGAUUUGUGGGAUCUCCAUGGGCCCUCAAUUGUACUUUAAUUGCAAGUGGCAGCCUCUGAAGUCAUGUAUGAGCUUGUAUGACUUUUGUAUUUAGCAGUGUUGCAUGCUAACAUGAUUGAUAUUAAAAGUAAUGCAUUUUUCUGAAA